UAAUUUUGAUUCACGACGAUUCAAUACUUUUAACCUAAUAAUCUAUACAAUUUUCUAAAUUGAUGCAUCGAACUUCAUAUGUGCAAUACGCAAUCAGUAUCGUCACGAGUGAUAUAAUUUAUUGGCGGCCGAGCAAUAACUGCUCUUUACAAUGGCUCCGUUCCAAGUUUUGCCUACUUAUAUAUACGCGUUUCCUUGACCCUGGAAGAUUACAAUACAAACAUAAUAAGCCAGUAUCGAAACGGCGUUUAUGAAACUGUGUCUCAUACUCGUCAGAUGAUUCGAUGCGGCCGAAAACACGAACGUUACUCGAGAAUAUUUUGCAAGUAAUCUGGUCGAAGCGACUUGGACAGUUUAUCGUGAUCAUCCAACGUAGCUGGCCGACGAUCCGCACAGAAGGUGAUCAACAGCGCGGAAGGAAGAUGUGUGUUCGCGGAUAAGCGUCAUCGAUGAAAUUCCACUCGGCAGUUGUUUUUAAUAGGAAAUGAUACGUAUAAACAACGAUUGGAAAGUUUCUCUACUUGUUGGCCGCGUAUUGCAUUUUAGAUUGUGAGAAAAAUCGACCAUUGGAGGAUCGAAUUUAUCUAUGACGCUUCAAAUCACAUAGAUAAUUGAUUAUAUAUAAUAAUAAAACUCAGUGAUCAAUAGCUCAUGAUUUAUUAACGUUUUAUACCGAUCGACGUCGAGGAACUUCGCUGGAAUCGACGGUCGAAGAUAAAAAGUUGCUCCCUUCGGGAACCAGUGAACUGGAUUGCCAUCUUUCUGCGGCCAGCGAAAUAUUUUCAAAACAGUGAGGCGUAUUUCUGUGAGGCGUACGAUGAUAAUGUCGAUUCUGAAUUAGACCGUGUCAAUCGCAAGAUCAGUCGACGCGUUAUUGUGAUCCGUGAAAAAUUGACUCGUCUCUUGUCGUUUUCGUAUUUCGAGGCUUUACAAAGGCUAACUCGUAGAAGCUUCAUAAAUUGAUAAAAUUUGUUAAAAAUUCCUACGUUUCUUAUUAUUUUCCGUAUUUUGGAGCUUCGUAAAAAUUCACGGCUGAUGGCAAACUAGGUAAACUUCUGUUAUUAACUAAUUGAAAAAUUUUCAAGUGAAGUGAAUCCGUUAGAAAGUAUUCGAAAAAUGAAGCUGUUGUCAGUGGUGUUAAUUUGCACGCUAUUAUCGAUAUCUCACGGAUAUCGAAUAUUAGGCGUGUUUCCCUUCAAUGGAAAGAGUCACUUCAUGAUGUUCGAACAAUUAAUGAAGAUUCUGGCUAAGAGAGGACAUCAGGUCGAUGUGAUUAGUACGUUCCCGUUGACGAAGCCGUAUCCCAAUUACAACGAUUUAAUCGUGCUACCAGCAGGGAGACAAUUCAUGAACAAUAUGACUUACAACGAAAUAAAGACGUUGUUUGCAGACUCGCCUACUCAUGCCGUGGCUACUUUGGCAGGAAAUGAUAUUUGUGAAUUUUUGAACAACUCACAGAUGCAGCAACUUAUACGAAACCCGCCUAACGAUCCACCUUACGACGCGGUCAUAAUAGAGGUAUUCGGCGCGCAGUGUUUCGCGAUAUUUGGUGAUAUCUUAAAGGUGCCAGUGAUAGGAGCGAGCUCCUCUGUCCUUUAUCCAUGGAUCUACGAAUGCAUAGCGAAUCCGGAAAAUUUGGCGUUCGCGCCGAGCAAUCUAGUCGCCUACCCGCAGAAUAUGAACUUCUGGCAGAGAAUGUACAAUUUUGUGAACACUGUUUACACGAAAUGGCGGUUCCAAGCAAAAACCACAAAACAGACGGAUAUUCUAAGGAAAUACGUUAGCCCUGAUGCGCCCGAUAUCAGAGAAGUGGAGAAGAAGAUAUCUAUAAUCCUCGGUAACUCGCAUAUGUCGAUAAAUGGAAUCAAGCACACUACUCCAGCGUACAUCGAGGUCGGAGGAUUGCACGUACGAGACGAAGGAGUCGAAUUACCACUCAGUCUGGAGAAAUGGAUGAACGAGAGCACACACGGAUUCGUUUAUUUCUCGUUUGGCUCGAUGGUGAAGAUCGAAUCCUUCCCAAUGAAUCUCCUUAACAUCUUCUACAACUCUAUGAGUAAAAUAUCACCUAUCCGUGUUUUGAUGAAAAUCGCAAAACCGGACGAACUUCCGCCUGGUUUGCCUAAGAACGUUCAUGUCUUACCAUGGGUGCCACAAGUCAAAGUUCUCCAACACAAGAAUGUGAAAGCAUUCAUCACCCAUGGUGGUCUUAUGGGCACCCAGGAGGCAAUUCAAUACGGUGUCCCUCUGAUCGGUAUACCGUUGUUUGCUGAUCAAUUUAUCAAUAUCAACACCUACGUCCGGCUCAAUAUUGCAGUAGGAUUAGAAACUGACACUCUGACCGAGGAGAAAAUGGAUCACGCCCUGAAUAGCAUUUUGAACGAUCCAAAAUAUCGGGACACGGCGAAGAAGCUUUCGAGAAAAUUCAUGGAUCGUCCGUUAAGUGCGGCGGACACCGCGAUUUAUUGGGUCGAAUACAUCAUCAGACACGGUGCAAACGCGCUCAGAUCACCGGCCAUGGACUUGACAUGGUGGCAAGUGGAACUAUUGGACGUUGGAGCGUUUAUUCUGAUUACGAUUAUCGCCGCUCUCUAUAUUAUAAUGACAGUGAUUCAGUUCAUGUUUAAUUUAACGUUUAGUAACUCGAAUUCCAACGACUUACGCAAGAAGAAAAUUUCUUAAAUACUUCGUUCCUUUCCUUUUCUGUUGUUUUUAUUGCGUUAAUGACGUGAAAUCUUGUUUCGUUUUUCCUCGACGAAGUCGUUGCUCCUUUUCCCAUUGAAUGAGAAAAGGAAACACGAUAAAAAUAUUUUUCGUACUAUAUAUGUUAUUUUUGACAAAAAAAAAAAAGAGAAAAACGAAAGGAAAAUUCGAAUAGAUGUAGCACAUAGAAGAUUGUUUUAGCGGAGAGAUAAGAUAGCAACACGCCCUGUAAUCGUAUUUUUUGUAAAUAGUCAUUGGCGGUUCAACGAUUAGUUAAACUUAACGUUUUAUCUCGUCUCACUAUUAAAAGACAAAUUCUUCUUAUCAAAACGGAAAUUUAAUUAAUCGAAUUGAAUUUAACGAUAAUCUUCUAGUUUUAACGAUACUAGAUAAAUUCUUUUUAAUUUUAUAGAAGUGUAUCAACGCAGAUAUAUUGUUACUUAGGACAAUUUGUAAGUGCAAUUAAAUUGUAAAUUAAUCCAUUCCAUACGAACCGACCAAGACAAAAUAUCGAAUCGCAAACAGUCCACUCAUAUAUACGUUUAUAUAUAUAUAUCGGAUAUAUAUAUAUAUAAAUAGUGAAAAAUACAAAAAAUAUGUACACGAUGUAUGUUUACCGCUGCUUAAGUGAAUAGAUCUAAAGAUGAUUAGAACAUUUGCGUGAGAAAGAAGGAAGGUCUCUGUAUCCGACGAAUUAAGGUCGCAACAGGCGAAAGCUUAUUAUUAGUACUAUUAUUGUUAUACUCUCACAGUAACGUAAAUUAAGUAAAAAAUGUCCUGUGAGAAAAAUUAUAAAGGAGGGGACGUACUUACGUGUUUACAUAUUCCAGUUUUUAUCUUUCGAGACAAUCAGAUAUUUUUAAUAGUAACGAUAACAGUUAAGUAAGUAAAUUAUCAUUUUAAAAUUAUGUUAUUAUGUUUCUUCUGUUGCUCACCAUUGUACGCUAAAAGUCGUCGAGCAUAAAACAAAGAACGAACGAACACAUGUAAACCGAUAUUUUCUUCUGUUCCAAAAUCAUAUAGAACGUGGUGUAAUAUUUUGGAAAUCGAAAAAUACUUUGUAACUCGUGGAGGGAAAGAAUUUCGUGAAAUAUCGUUCAUACGUUGAUUUACCGGAACAAAAUGUUCAAUGAUCGUUUCGUGUUUAAUCGUUGCAAAUGCGCUUGCCUCUAGAUGCUGACAGUUCGUGUCAAACGCAUUUUUGCCUCUCAGAAUUUUCGACGUUAUGAAAGAGUACGCUCGGAAAAGCAACGUCAGCCUGAAAAUUUCGAAAAUAGAUAUUUUUAUCGAUGAUACGUGUCCCUAGUCGCUACGCUUUUAUCCGCUGGAAUUUUCCUGUUUGCACACUGUCAACUAAAUACCGAGAUACGCUAUAUACAAUUAAACGUCAGCGAGGCAUUUUAUUUACUAAUCCUCGAGUUUUUCAGAAAAAAUGCAAAUGAAAAGAAGCCUCUAUCGUAAUUUUAAUUAAGAGGCAAAAAUUUCAAAUGUUUAUUUCGUCUCGAUUGUCGUAGCGUUUAUUUGACUGUCGAUAUAAAUUAUUACGUGAUAUCAAAGAAACCGUAAUAACGCCAACACGCGUGAAGAAGUUCUUGACAACGAAUUUUUCUUAUCGAUAUCCUCGUUUAUGGGAAUAUGAUUAUAUUGUCAGAUGUCACGGGGCAAUCGCUAUAAAAUAUCAAUCAACGAUAUGUUCGGAAAAUAAUAAUAAUAAUAAAGUAGAUUAACGAGUAAUUGUUAUUAACGAAUUGUACGACGAAGAUAUGGAAGAUCAUCAGAAUAUUAUUACACCUUACAUCAUCGUACCGUUUGUUGGUAUUAUAAGAUGAUAACUUAUUUGAUUAAGACGAAAACUAUUUUAUAGAACGAAUACAUGGUAUCAAACAAA